GCGCGCCGCCCCGCGCCCUCCCUCCCGCGCCGGCCUCGGAGCCUCAGCAUCCCCGCGCCGCGCCGCCGCCGCCGCUUCCCCCGCCGGGCCUCCCGCUCCGUCUCGGGCGCCGCCGCCGCCGCCGCCGCCGCCGCCAUUCCUGCGCGCGCUUGGGGCCGGGUUCCGCGGGCCGCGCGCCGGGACUCGCCGCGCCAGACUCUGCCACCACUACUGGUAGGAAGAAGCCUCAUCCUGAGAGCUGAGAUGUUUGACAACACCAGUCCUCAGUGGUUGCUGAGAAUGGUGGACUUGUGCAGGCUCUGAGCUCCAGCAAUAACCCUAGUGGGGGAAGAGAAAUAAAAGCAAAAGUAUAAGAAGUUCCCAAGCCACUCUUCCCAUCACCACCCCCACCUCCCAAGUUACCACUCUUCAGUGUUUCUUCUGAAGGCCGCACAGAAGCCGUCAUUUAAGAAACACGCUGGUGGCCAUAGACAUCGUGGUACUGAGAGUGGUCUGUGCUCACUUCGUGUGCUCGGAAAUGCUGCUGCUUAGUGGUCUGGCCAGCUCCCAGCUCCAGGUCACGCUGUUUGUCCCUGCUAGAGGUUUCUGAGCUGUGGCUGCUGUUGACAACACCUCUCCCGCAGCCUCCCCUCAGCCCUCAAGUGAACAUUUGCUGCAGAAAUCUUUCCACUGCCUGUGAGGAUGCUGCUCCCCGCACUCGCCAUGCUGUUGGGGACGGCAGCAGCCUUUGCACCCACCCCUAGGAUCACCUGGGAGCACAGAGAAGUACAGCUGGUGCAGUUCCAUGAGCCAGGCGUUUUCAACUAUUCCAUCUUACUGCUCAGUGAGGACAGGGACACGCUGUAUGUGGGCGCCCGGGAAGCCGUGUUUGCUGUGAAUGCUCUGAACAUCUCCGAGAAACAGCAUGAGGUACACUGGAAAGUCUCCGAAGACAAAAAAGCAAAAUGCGCAGAAAAAGGAAAGUCCAAACAGACAGAGUGCCUCAACUACGUCCGAGUGCUGCAGCCUUUCAGUGCAGGUGUACUCUACGUGUGUGGGACCAAUGCCUUCCAACCCACCUGUGACCACCUGAACUUAACAUCCUUUAAAUUUCUGGGGAGAAAUGAAGAUGGCAAAGGCAGAUGUCCCUUUGACCCAGCUCAGAGCUACACGUCUGUCAUGGUUGAUGGAGAUCUUUAUUCUGGGACAUCGUAUAACUUUUUGGGAAGCGAACCUAUCAUCUCUCGAAUUUCUUCACACAGUCCCCUGAGAACAGAGUAUGCAAUACCUUGGCUGAACGAGCCCAGCUUCGUCUUUGCGGAUGUGAUACGCGACAGCCUGGACAGCGGGGAUGACAGGGUCUACUUCUUUUUCACGGAGGUGUCUGUGGAGUACGAGUUUGUCUUCAAGUUGAUGAUUCCACGAGUAGCAAGAGUGUGCAAGGGGGACCUAGGCGGCUUGAGGACCUUGCAGAAGAAGUGGACCUCCUUCCUCAAGGCCAGGCUAAUCUGUGCCAGGCCGGACAGCAGCCUGGUCUUCAACGUGCUCCAAGACGUCUUCAUUCUCCAGGCCCGAGGCCUGAAGGAGCCCGUGUUCUAUGGGGUCUUCACCCCGCAGCUGAACAACAUAGGGCUGUCAGCUGUGUGUUCCUACAACCUGUCCACGGUAGAGGGCGUCUUCUCCCGUGGGAAGUACAUGCAGAGUGCCACCGUGGAACAGUCCCACACCAAAUGGGUGCGCUACAACGGAGCUGUGCCCACACCACGACCUGGGGCGUGCAUCAACCGAGCAGCACGGGCAGCAAACUUCUCCAGCUCUCUGAACCUACCGGACAAGACCCUGCAGUUUGUCAAGGAUCACCCUCUGAUGGACGAUUCUGUGACCCCAAUCGACAGCAAGCCCAGGCUCAUCAAGAGUGGCGUGAACUACACACAGAUCGUGGUGGAUAGGACCCAGGCCCUGGACGGAGCCUUCUAUGACGUCAUGUUUGUCAGUACAGACCGGGGUGCCCUGCACAAGGCUGUCAGCCUGAACGGUGAUGUUCACAUCAUUGAGGAAACACAGCUUUUCCAGGACUUGGAGCCUGUUCAGACCUUGCUGCUGUCCUCCAAGAAGGGCAGAAAGUUCGUUUAUGCCGGCUCCAACUCCGGCGUGGUCCAGGCCCCCGUGGCUUACUGCAGGAAUCACAUCACCUGCCAGGACUGCGUUCUCACCCGAGACCCCUACUGUGCCUGGAGCCCCACUGAGGCAGCCUGCGUCGCCCUGCACGAGACUGACGGCCCCCGCAGGGCUCUAAUUCAGGACAUGAGUGGGGACGUGUCCACCUGCCCUGAUAAAGUUAGAGAGAGUUUCCGGCAGCAUUUUUUCAAGCAUGGCGGCACAGCAGAACUGAAAUGUUCCCAAAGGUCCAACCUGGCACGGGUGGUGUGGAAGUUCCAGAACGGUGUGCUCACAGCUGAAAGCCCCAAGUAUAGCCUGGUGAGGAGGAACAAUUUGCUCAUCUUCAACUUGUCGGAAGGAGACAGUGGGGUGUACCAGUGCCUGGCAGAGGAGAAGGUCCGGAACAAGACGGUCUUGCGACUCGUGGCCAAGCACAUUCUGGAGGUCAGGGUGCUCUCACCCCAGACCCCAGUAGUCACCAUCCCGCCAGCCACCCGGACAGAAGCUAGUAGACUCACCCCCAAAGAGUCAGUGGGACCCACCCAGGUCUUCCCGCCCCAGACUCCGGCUGUGCGGGUCCCCACUCCCAGUGCUGCUGCCCUGCCCUCCAGCUCUGAGCCCACCAGCACAGAGUCCUGUGAACCCAAGAUCGUCAUCAACACAGUGCCCCAGCUGCACUCAGAAAAGACGCUCUAUCUCAAGUCCAGUGACAACCGCCUCCUCAUGUUCCUCUUCCUCUUCUUCUUCUUCCUCUGCCUCUGCCUCUUCUCCUAUAACUGCUACAAGGGCUACCUGCCUGGGCAGUGCUUAAAAUUCCGCUCAGCCAUGUUUCUGAGCAAGAAGAAGCCCAUACCAGACUUCUCAGACUGUGAGCAGAGUGUGAAGGAGACCCUGGUGGAGCAGGGCAGCUUCUCACAGCAGAAUGGAGGGCAUCCCAAACCGGCCCUGGACACUGGCUAUGAGACAGAGCAGGACACCAUGGCCAGCAGAGUGCCCACUGACAGGGAGGAUUCACAGAGACUGGACGACCUCCCAGUCCGGAACAAGCCGUUUGACGUCAAGUGUGAGCUGAAGUUUGCAGACUCAGAUGCAGAUGGGGACUGAUGCGUCAGCCCAUGGGCUGGUCUUUGUGUUCACCGUCCUGUAACCUUGUCCAGUGCCACCUGGGGUUGUCAGCAAAUCCCUCCCCUCAGUUUUCUGUGUCUUUUCUCUUGGGUCAACCUUGUGACUUGGUAUCUUUUUGUCCUUUUGGAAAACGGCGAGCAUGGUGCCCAGUCCCCUGGGUUGGUUGGUGGGAAUGCUGUUGGACGUCCCUGUGGGCAGUGGUCCUGGUGAAGAUCCCCCCGCGCCCCCCCCCCCCCCCCCCGGUGGAGAUGACUGGGCUGCCACUGACCUGGGAAGGCUCACACCCUGAGUUCCCCUCCUAGCAGCCACUGAAAGAUAAUUUAAUUCCAGAUUGGAAAUGAUGUUUUAGUUUAUCAGAUUGGUAACUUAUCGCCUGUUGUCCAGGUUGACAUAAACCUUUUCUUCCAUGUAAUUAUUUUAUUUUUGUUUUUAGGAUUUGGCUUUAAUUGUGUGGGUCUGUUAGGUUAUUAUUAUUUUUGGCUUACUUUUUUUUAUGACUGAUGCAGAUGUUUUAAUAUUUAGAUGGACAUUUAGGUUUUGUUGAUAUUAGGAUCAGAUCUGGUUCAUGUUGCUUCUGAUUCUCAGGGAUAAAUUUACUUUUGCUACCUGUGUUCUUUCUGCUUUUAAACAUAGACAGAACCAUAUCUUGAGCACACUUAAUCAUUUUUUAAUUGUAUUUCUUGAGACAAGUUUCAUUUUCAAAGAUUUUCUUAACUUUUUUCCCCCUCGUUUUAACUAUUUUGAAGAGGAGAAGGUGUGUGUGUGUGUGUGUGUAAGGGGGGGUCCCAAGACCACCAGGUUGGGCUCACACAAGGGAAGGGGACCCAGUAGGCCUGGGUGUAAUAGGGACAGCCCAACACUGGGACAUGAGCGGUUCACAAUCUGCCAAAGCCACCGUUCAUCCCCGUCAGGACCGGCAGACCUUCCCUAGAAUGGUCAUCUCAAUUCCGCCUUUUUUUUUUUUUUUUUAAACUUUUCUCACUGAGCUUUCAUCUCACACCCAUUGCCCACCCAGACUUCCUACCUGGUCUGUCUGCGCUGCCCAUAACCAGAAGACAAGUGGGAAGAGGGGGUUGUGGGCCGGUGACAUCCCCACAGAUGCUGUGCUGGCUGACUUGCUCCUGGCACCAACUCCAUGUGUCACCUGGGAAUUCCCAAAACACCCAGAAGAGGAUCCUCCUCCCACCCAUCCACCCCCCCAGUGACAAGAAGCAACUAACCGGAUAUUGAUGUGCCCACAUGGGUAGCCUCAUCUUCCAGCAUAAGACUCGACUGUUUUGAGACUGGACCGUUUUUGGUGUAAACAUUGUGUUUUAUAAGAUUUACUUUGUUUUUAUUUUUCUACGUAUACAUUUGGAAAGUAACCAAAUAAACUAGAUGCAUAUCGUUGA